AAAAUUAGCAUGUGUCUGCGCCAUCCUGUGGGUGUGGCGCAGAGCGGAGUGUAAACUCUAGCGGGGCCGGAGCAAACACUGGAUUAGCGGCAGCAGCCUGCCAGCCUGCCCGGGAGUGUGGGGACCAGCGCGCGGCACGCCGACCGGCACGAUGGCCUCGUCUCAGGGGAAGAGCGAGCUGAAAUUCGCCGACUGGAUGGCAACUCUGCCGGACAGCAUCCACAGCAUCCCCCUCACCAAUUUAGCCAUCCCAGGAUCUCAUGAUUCCUUCAGCUUCUACAUUGAUGAAGCCUCUCCAGUAGGGCCUGAACAGCCAGAAACCGUCCAGAAUUUUGUCUCUGUGUUUGGAACCGUAGCCAAAAAGCUGAUGCGGAAAUGGUUAGCCACUCAAACAAUGAACUUUACUGGUCAGCUAGGAGCUGGGAUCCGUUAUUUUGAUCUUCGAAUUUCUACCAAGCCCAGGGACCCCGACAAUGAACUCUACUUUGCUCAUGGUUUGUUCAGUGCCAAAGUCAAUGAAGGCCUUGAGGAGAUUAAUGCAUUCCUCACAGAUCACCAUAAGGAGGUAGUAUUCUUGGACUUCAACCAUUUUUAUGGGAUGCAGAAAUAUCACCAUGAAAAACUGGUCCAAAUGCUGAAAGACAUCUAUGGAAACAAGAUGUGCCCAGCGAUUUUUGCCCAGGAAGUUAGUCUAAAGUACCUGUGGGAGAAAGACUAUCAAGUGCUGGUCUUCUACCAUAGUCCAGUGGCUCUGGAAGUGCCCUUUCUCUGGCCUGGGCAGAUGAUGCCAGCACCCUGGGCCAACACCACAGACCCGGAAAAACUGAUCCAGUUUCUUCAGGCAUCCAUCACGGAGAGAAGAAAGAAGGGCUCGUUUUUUAUAUCUCAGGUGGUACUGACCCCCAAAGCUAGCACUGUGGUCAAAGGAGUGGCCAGUGGCCUCAGAGAAACGAUCACAGAAAGAGCUCUUCCUGCCAUGAUGCAGUGGGUCCGCACACAGAAGCCAGGAGAGAGUGGCAUCAAUAUUGUCACUGCUGAUUUUGUAGAACUUGGGGAUUUCAUCAGCACUGUCAUAAAGCUCAACUAUGUCUUUGAUGAGGGAGAAGCCAACACUUGAUAGUACCAUUUGGAGCAUCCACGAGUAAGAUAGAGAAGACUCAUUGUAUUAGGCAUAUUAUCUAUAAACACUCUGAUCUUCCUAUUCCACUGAGUC